UCGGCCCCCUCCUGCCCCACGACGGUCUCGGCACCCAGAGAUCGGCUCCCGAGUAGCGGCGCCGGAGUUGUGGCCCUGGUAGCAGUGGAGCUGUCGUGCGGGAUGGUGGUGGGAUCAUGCGUCACUGUGGUGUCUCGGCCAUGGGAUGCGUCACUAUGGGGUGUUGGGCGGAUCCGAUCUGGUGAAGAUUAUGGAGCAACUCGGCAGAACAGUUAUUACUGACUAUGAUUACGUCGUUGCACACACGAACGGAGAGCUAAUUGGAACUCAAAGUUUGAAAUCAUUUCUCGGAGAAGACAAGCUGAAGACUUGGAUAUCCCAAUUAAAAGGUACUUCCCCAAGGUUGGGACAAAACGUACUGCUUGAGAUACUCUUGUGGAAUUUCAAGAAAUUCGUUUCUUUGGGGAUAAGACCUACAAGGUCCACUCUUAAUUCUUGGUAUGAACUUCAGUAAGGUGAUGCAUCUGUGCAUUGUGCUCUUUGUGAAAAAAAAAACGUCCAGUAGAGAUCAAAGCUGUUUUCUUUAGAAUUUUUUUGGUCCCAUCAUUGUUGAAAUACAUGUCAAGUGGGAUUAUGUAUUUCCUUCUGUAAGAGAUGGUUCAGAUUAAAAAGAUUAUUAAUUGUGGCUUGCGUCGAAUAGCUUGGUUGUUAAUUUGGGCCUCCUUGUUUCUCAUAUUUUCUGGCGCUUUUUCUGCUUUGGGUGAGCAGGGAGAGGAUCAGAGAAACGGUGAGGAUGAUGUAGGCCAGGUCUUUAUAUAUGAUAAGGUCCCUAGCUAUUAAAUGGUUUGAGAGAUAAAAAGGAAUCAGGAUGUACUUCUUUCUAUAUUGAAGUAAGCAGCUUUCAAAUGGAGGGGAAUUAAAUUAAUCUUUUUCUUGCCUCGGUGGUUAACAUGGAGCUAGCUGGUGCUUCAUCCUAUGUUCAGAAAUGUUUAAGCUGCAGACUAUUAAGCCGUGUCCAUCGCUGACAACACAUGACGAAAAUUCAGGAGGAAUUGUUUGAGAUUAUAUUUUUUUACUUGAAAUGUCAAAAUUUGCAAAUGGAUCCAUUCUUGUCAUUGACUUGAGGCUUUGCUUGGUCUUGCAGGACACAUCAGCUCACAUUAGUCUGAAACUAAGAUUCAUGGCUGGUGUUGUGUGUUCUGUUAACCGUAUAUAUGGUCUACUUCAUGCUGUGAAUUAGCAGUCUAAGUUACAUUGAUCUGGUGAAUGAAGACCAGCUUUUUCUCUAGAAGAGGGCAAAAAUAAUCUAAUAAUAGGUCUUUAUGUUUAUAAUGGGGGAUAAACAUGAGCUGCAGCAGCUGCAAUUACAUUUGAAUCAAUUUGUUUAUCUGCUUACCUCCAUUGUCAUUUGUUUAUCUGCUUCGUUUAUCUGCUUACAUCCAUUGUCAUUUGUUUACUAUCAAACUGGUUACAUUGCUAUGAUGAAUAAUUACUGAGACGUAUUGUAGUGACUGCAGUAGUAAAGAAGUGAUUUAAAUACUCAUUACCAUGUCUAUACUGAGAACACGAUUAUCUGCAUUAUACAAGGCAAAUGGAAUCGCUAGGUGUCAUCCUAAUCCUACUGCUCUGCCUCUUUAUCCUUUUAGUCAGUGUUUGACAUUUUUUUGUUGAUUUGUCACUGUCGCACUUAUUUCUAAAGAUUUGCUGCUACCAUUUUUCUCUGCAUAUCUAACAAUUUUGUUCCUGUUAUUGUCAUAUUUCUUUAAAAGAAAAGACCAUGUAGUUGUUUUCGUAAAGCCACCAAUGUACCCCAGAUAUUAUGUGGUCAUCAUUCUGUAGCUAUUUUUUCUGCCUUAGAGUAGAAUGUAUGAUGAUCAUACAAGUUAAUGCGCCUAACUUGAUUGGUGUUUAAUCUUCUAGGCUGAAAGACCAUGACAUGGAAUUUAGCAGUAGCAGAUUAUAUUUUAUAGCACAAAGAGCAUUUGAGUUGCUGAAAGAAUCAACUUCAAUGGAGCUUGAAGCCACUCCUGACGAUGAAGUAUUCAGCUCAAAUGAUGAGGUGCAGGAGUUGUGGCCUCUGGGAGAAGUAGACCCAAAGAAAGCAAGGUUUCCUUGUUGCACUGUCUGGACUCCUCUCCUACAUUGGGCAUGUGGGGAUUGCCUGGGAGGAUGGAAUUGUCAUCGAAUUUGGUGAGUGUCGAUGAUCUUGCUUAUGGUUCUGCAGCAAGAUGCCUUCAGCCUGAUAGGAAGAAGUUGCCGAGUUGAAGAAUAAGGUCCAAAUGAUUUCAAUGGCUGCAAAGGAUAGGACAGGAGGAGGCAAUUGGCAUGGGUAGCUUCAUGAAGCUGAUGAGGUUGGUGCUGGGAGACGGAUGUGCCAUUCGUGGUGAAGGUGAUGAAUUUCUCUGGCCUUGUCCAAAUUGCAUCUUGAUUCCAAGUUUCUGGGUCUUCUGUGCUGAGUUCCUCCUGGUGAUGUCCAAAUUGCGUCUUGAUUCCAAGCAUUGCCAAGAAUCUUAAAUGCUGCAUUUUCUGGUAUGAAGUAAACUAACAUUCCUUUGGCUUUGCUACUUUAAUUGACAGUCAACCCUCUUUUUGUAACUUUCCGUGCUUAUUCCAAGGAUCAAAUAUGCAGCAUAAUUAAGCAUGGACUAAAGGUAAAUAUCCCGUCAUGUUACCAUUUCAGAAAUCACAAAAGAUGCUUGAUUCUUCUUGAGAUCUGUCAGUCAGUGUGUGGGCGAAUUCCUCCAUUGCAUCGGAUGCAGAUUCCAUUCCAUUCAUGUCCUUACUGAUUUGUGGUCGGUGUGGUGAACUUGGCGCGUCAACUGUUUCUCAGUCUGUUAAUUCAGUAGUCAUUCCAUUAGUUCAUACUUGUGACGGUCUUGCUGACUCAAAUAUAUGAGGCAUUAGUAUCAUCCCCCCGCAAUGGCGAAAUUUGGGCUAUUCAGAAAAAUAUAUGCCCGUCCAUGAAAAAUGUCUUAGAUUCAGAAUUUUGGAGUUACUGCCCACAUGUGCAUUCAUUGUUCAUGCAUUGAUCUAGAUGGUAGUCAAGAGAAAAAAAAUAGUGGGCUAUUCAGAUGAUUUGGUUAUCUGAAUUUGGGCUAUUGAGACAUUUAGUUAUUUGAAUAAUGGGUUAAAUUUAUUCCAAGAGGUUCAUGUUCAAUAGCAGCAAGGAAAAAUAUGUGUUAACUGUAGUUUACUGCUAAUGUGCCUAUGGCCCAUAUUGUGACUGUGUUGAUUUUUGAAUUUCACUAAUGCAACAUCUUUCCAUUUGUUGCAGGUUUCAGUGAAUCAAUUACAAGUGGAAAAGCAGUAUCAUUUGAAUCGUGAAUUACUUGACUGAAGAAACACCUCUGUUCACCAUCUAUAUGAAAUUAUGAAUAAAAAUAGAGCUGCUAUUUGCUUUGUGUUAUUCAAGUCUUCAGAAUCCAAGCAUUGCUUUGUUUAUUAUCUUUCAAACAAUUACAGUCAUCUUAGGCGUUUUCUUGCAUGGUGAACAUAUUGUCGCUUGACUUCGAUCUUUCAGGACUUCACCUGAAAGAACUACAACUUUUUAAGAGAGAGCAAUAGAAAUAAAAAUGUUUUCCCGUGAA